UGAUAAUGGAGAUCAUGUGGUCUCAUGUGUGGCUUUGUGCGAUAUCUUUGCUUGUCGUAAGUGUGACCAUGUGGAUUUACAGGUGGUGGAACCCUAAAUGUAAAGGCAUACUACCUCCAGGUUCGAUGGGACUCCCACUUCUUGGAGAGACCCUUAGUUUUCUUGUCACAGGCAACUCCAUAGACAUCCAUCCUUUUGUUAAGGAAAGAAUGAAUAGGUAUGGUCCAUUGUUCAAAACAAGUUUAGCAGGUCGAUCAAUUGUCAUAUCGACGGAUCCCGAUUUCAACAAUUUAUUGUUUCAACAAGAAGGAAAACUUGUUGAGAUGUGGUACCUGGAUUCCUUCGCCAAGCUGCUUCGCCAAGAUACAACAGCAGCAAGUGGCUAUGUACACAAAUAUCUCAGGCACGUAGUUUUGAAUCACUUUGGUGUUGAGACUCUUAAAGGGAAGCUUCUGCCUCAGUUAGAAUAUACCAUAAAUCGUGGAUUGCAGGAGUGGGCUAAGCUGCCAGAGAUAGAAGUAAAAGACCAAUGUGCUGCUAUGAUAUUUGGAUUUACUGCAAAGCACAUGUUUAGUUAUGAACCAGAAAAGUCAGAAGAAAAUAUAGUCGGAAAUUUCAGCAACUUCUUGGAAGGACUUAUGUCAUUUCCUUUACGCAUCCCUGGUACUGCUUUCUACAGAUGUGGAAAGAGGCAGCAAAAAAUAAUAAAACUAAUAACUAAUUUACUGGAAGAGAGAAUGAAGUCUCAUCCUGAAGCCAGAGGAGAUUUUCUUGACCAAUUUGUGGAAGACAUGAGAACAGAAGCAUUCUUGACUAAGGAGUUUGCCACCCAUGUUUUGUUUGGAAUCCUCCUUGCUAGCUUUGAGACUAUUUCUUCCACUCUUGCCUUAGCCUUGAAGUAUUUAUCGGACUAUCCUACAUUGCUGCAGCAACUUACCGAGGAGCACGAGGAAAUUCUUAAGAAAAGAAAAGACGGUAACCCUCGAGAUGGACUUCUAUGGACGGAAUACAAAUCCAUGACUUUUACUCAUUACGUCAUCAAUGAGUCACUUAGAUUAGCAAACGUUGCUCCUGGGAUCUUAAGAAGGGUUAUGAAGGAUAUUCAUGUUAACGGAUACACAAUACCAAAAGGUUGGGCUAUCAUGGCUGUGCCUGCAGCCCUACAGCUUAAUCCUAACGCUUUUGAAGGUCCUCUUGCAUUCAAUCCUUCAAGAUGGAAGAACAUUGGAAGCAACGCAACGGCAAAGAAUUUCAUGCCAUUUGGAGGAGGCAAUAGGGCAUGUGCAGGAGCAGAGUUCAGCAAGGUCCUGCUGGCUGUAUUUUUACAUGUCUUGGUCACCAAAUACAGGUGGACAAAGAUCAAGGGAGGGGAUCUGGUUCGUGCACCGGCUCUGGGAUUCGCCAACGGUUUCUACGUUAACGUUUCAGAAAAAGAUGCAUAAGUUGUUACACAUUACAUGUGGAAGAAUAAGCUGGAAAUCCCAGAGUUCACUGUCUGGGACAGAUCGAUUUGACUACAAAUUACUAUUUGAGUUAGCAAUAGUUCCUUUGUUAUAGUCUUAUCAACUCUUGUUUGUGUUGUGUGUGAUUGAGACUGUUUUCACCUUGUAUAAAUCCUUGGAUAAAUGUAAAACAGAAAUAAUCGUCCAAUAGUAGCAUUUGGCUUGGAAUGAUUUCUAAGAACCGGCUGCUCCUCGGUCCUCAUGGUUGAGCAAUUACCAGUUUUGCUUGAU